AUGGUAGAAGAAAGCGAGGAAAGGCUAACAGAGGAGCAGAUCGAGUCACUACUCCAGACAGUCACCAGUAUUCUUCCAGGGGAUCCAGAAGAACAACAGAGAGACUCAGCUAUGGCAACAGAUGACAAAGCUGACCAAGCCUAG